AUGGCUGAUCCACAAGACCAUGAUGUGGUCAAUCCUGGGGAGCAGACUAUGGGUCAUUACUGGACCGCCAGGGCUGCAGACAUGAGGUCACCCAUUCAACACCCUCAUGUCCCAGCCAAUAAUUUCGAGGUGAGCACCUCAGUAAUCACCAUGCUGCGCGGUUCAGUGGUGUUCCGUGGCAAAGAGGGGGAGUGCCCCCGAUCACAUCUCAGGCGAUUCCACGAGCUCAUUGAUGGAAUCAAGAUCAAUGGGGUCCCAGCAGAUGCCAUCCAGCUGAGGUACUUUCCAUUCACCCUGGAGGGGCAGGCCAAGGAGUGGCUAGACACUCGACCUCCGGGCUCCAUCACCACGUUCGCCAACCUGGCCGACAAGUUCCUUACCCGCUAUAAUCCUCCGUCGAAGACGGCGGACUUGCAGAAGCAGAUCACCCACUUCACCCAGGAUGAAGAUGAGACCAUCCGGGAUGCUUGGGAGAGAUACAACAGUCUCUUCCUGAGGUGUUCCAAUCAUGGUUUCAACGAUGCUUUCAAGGUGGGAACCUUCUAUCAUGCCCUCUUCCCAGAAGACAAGCAGCUGAAUCAACUCUUUGAGGAGAUGGCAGAGAACGGGUACGAUUGGGGAACUGCCAGGAGAUCGAGACGAGCGCCAGGACGAGGUGUGCAUGCUGUGGGCACCCAGUCAUCUGAUUUGGUGCAGGUGGUAUCGAAGCUGGUUUCAGCUAUCGAUCGUUCUGGUUUGAUUGCAGGUACAGGACAGCCGCAGGCGAUGCACUGUCAGUGGUGUGAGAGCUCCCAUCACACCGUAGAGGACUGUCAGGCGAUGAGGGAAUUGUCUACUCCCCAGGAGUAG